AGUCCUGGUCUGCAGAUUGAUAAUUAAACAUCAGCAUGAAGGAGGACGACUGGGGCUUCUUGUCAACCCUGCUGGAUAAAGUCCAGUCCCACUCCACGGUCAUCGGGAAGAUCUGGAUGAGCGUCCUCUUCCUGUUCCGGAUCAUGGUCCUGGGAGCCGGAGCCGAGAGCGUCUGGGGGGACGAGCAGUCGGGUUUCAUCUGCAACACUCAACAACCUGGUUGUGAGAACGUCUGCUACGACCACGUCUUCCCCAUCUCCCACAUCCGCUUCUGGGUCCUCCAGAUCAUCUUCGUCUCCACGCCGACGCUGGUCUACCUGGGCCACGCCAUGCACGUCAUCAGCAAGGAGAACAAGCUGAGGGAGAAGCUGGCGAGCCCCGGCGGGACCCGGCUGCUCAAAAUGCCCAAAUACACCAACGAGAAGGGGCAGGUGAAGAUCAAAGGGAACCUGCUGGGGAGCUACCUGACCCAGCUCAUCGUCAAGAUCCUCAUCGAGGCGGGCUUCAUCGUGGGUCAGUACUACCUGUACGGCUUCGUCAUGGUGCCCAUGUUCCCCUGCUCCAGGUCUCCCUGCCCCUUCACCGUAGAGUGCUACAUGUCCCGACCCACCGAGAAGACCAUCUUCAUCAUCUUCAUGCUGGUGGUGGCCUGCGUCUCUCUGCUGCUCAACUUCAUCGAGGUGUUCUACCUGCUCUGCACCAGGAUCCGAUGCGGGAACAAGUCUCGCAACCAGAAGAUGAAUUCGGCAGAAAACCCUGCGAGCCUGUCGACGCUGCGGUGGCCGACGGCGGAGGACUCUCUGAAACAGAACAGGAUGAACAUGGAGCUGGAGGGAAGCCAGAGUAUCGGAGGAAGUCUGGACGGAGCCAAAGAGGAGAAACGGCUGCUGUGUCACUAA